AUGGCAUCCUUCAGUCGCCAGUUCUCCACCGCUUCGCCAGUCCUCGCCAUGCAACCGCAAGUCUCUCAUCAGCACUCGCUGCCGACCGCAGGCUUCUCGCCUCAGCACACGACAGUUGCGCCAUUCAGCACCACGCCAUCCGAUCAGCCUUUGCCACAGGCCUCGGGCCGCACCGCCGGCAGGAAGCGAUCCCGUGACGAAGCCGCAACCAAUCUCGAACCAGACGCGCCGAACCCCACCCCUCCAGAACGACAAGAAGAGUGGGUGUACGGAGAGGGCAUGGUGCUCAUCAAGCCGAAUGUCGGCUAUGUUGCAGACGCAAGCAGUCAGUCUGGGACAUGGCUGGAAGAACAAAAGGCCAACGACGAGCGAGAGCGGCAGCGCCGAGAGGUGGAACAGCGACCAAUUCUCCGCAGCCACAAGUCCCAGCGCAUCGAUGCCAGCGUCGAGGUCGGCGGGCGACCAGAUGCUCUUGGAGAGCCGGCAGGCGUACCACUGUCCAAUGGCGACACCGCGACCACGGCCGCAAGCACUGCUGGCGGGCCCAUCAUUGAUGAGUGCACCAUGCAACUCGGCAUCGGCUGGAGGAGAAUCAUUGACGACGAGCAUAUCCAAGCAGCAGCGCGAGGCUGGGCGCGCUUCAUCGAGAAUCACUUUGCGCUCCGCGACGUCCGCAUUUGCCUCGAGAGCAAGGGUCUGCAGUCAUAUCUAGUCGAGUCAUCGGAGGGCUAUUUCCUCUUUGCCGAGGACCUGCGGCGCGGGCGCUUGGUCAGCAAGACCGUGACUGGUGCUCUUCGCAACCUGCAACAGUCGCCGCCUGUCUUUGAAGGCGCUGAAAUCGAGAUGGGGGCGCACAGUGGCCUAGCCAGCGCACACUCAACUGACACCGAGAUGAGGAUAGACUAG